AUGUACCAGCUUAUAUGGACCCCACGAGCCUUCGACACCACAAUAGUUGCCGCUACUGUUGUCCAAGUCAUCAAUACCGACCUGGACACUACCAAAACUUCCACUGUCUUCAAUAAACUACCGGCCGGCUAUACCAUUCCCACAAACACCAACGCCAAGGGUACACAGACUGUGGAAGUGACAUAUUGGAGCACUGGUAAAAUGCACACCACCGAUAUCGCUUUCCCUACGGUGUACAAUAUUUAUCCCGAUAGGUACACGUGGAACGGAACGCUGGCCACAGUGGAUGCUGGUGGAACUACUACCUGCUCAGUCGAUGCCGAUACAGUGAUUGUAGUGGACUUCCCCGGGACACAACCGUCAACGUUUACGACACCGACCAACAGUUAUGGGCCCGAUCCCGGAGGCCUCUUAUUUUCAACCAUGUAUCUGGACGGUGGAAUGUUUCAACCAUUCAAAUCCUUUUUCUCGACCGAGGCCGCCCUGCAGACGUGCAAUACUGCGCCUUUUAUAGCGCCUGCUGUUGCUGAAUUGACAGCGAGAUUUAUCACGCAGACAUCGACAUCAUAUGAGGGUGGAUCUUCACCCGCUACCACAGGUCAGACUAAACCAUCUUCGAACGGUGCUCAACAGGCCUCUUCAGAGGCCUCUUAUGCCACGAACACCCAACCAGAGCCCUCCCCCGCUUCGGAGACGGCAUCAGGGGUAUCCAAGGCUACGACUGUCAAGGGAACCUCUGAUCUACCCUCCCAAACUCCAUCGGUUCAAGAGAGCACAAUGACAUCGCUCGCCACAAUCGUAACGGAUGGCCCAUCGGGAUCCGUAACUCUCGUCAACACCAUUGAAAUUGUCAGUGUCGUCGUGAUAUCAACACCUGACGGCACGACUCCUACCGAGACACCUACUACUUCAACAACCGUGCAGGCAAAUAAGGCAUGCAAUCACAGGCCGAGGUUCUGGAUAGGGAUAGCAGUAGUGGCCGCCAAUUUGCUAUUUGUGAACCAACUGCGCUGA